AAUCAUUUGGAAAUCAUAUCCAACAAUAUAAAAUCGAGGCCACUUUUACUUAGUUUUCCUCUUUACUUUAUAUUCUGCCCUUUGACCUUCCUGUCCCAUCUAAUCUGUCCCCCAUGCCUUUUCUCCUGCCUAUUUUUUUUUUUUUGUGGUUUUUUUUUUUUGUGUGUGUUCCAUUUUAUAUAUGCCCAUUAUUAUGACUCUGUUCUUAACUUAAGACAAAGAAAACUGUGUAGUGCACUAAUAGUCUUUUAAAUAAACAUGUAAUCAAAAGAAUAUUAAUGCACCUUGAAAUACAGUAUAUCAUAAAGUAUAUAUCGUAAUGAUCAUAAAUUACACUUGACAUUGGCAUAAUGUUUAAUAAUUUUAAUAAAUGUAAUAUGUAUGAUUUUAUAUAGGUGCAACUACAGUUUUCUUUGUUUUUGGUCUAAUCAUAAUUUAGUCACCCCUCUAGGUGUGGUACACAGCAUUUUAGCUUUCAAUGUUCGUGUUUUGACACAUUUUUAUCUAUAUUUUAUAUCCGUGUUUUAUUUCAAUAUAUUGUACUUUCUAAUGUUGUAAGAGGCAGGCUUAAUUAUGCAGUUUCAAUAUGAUCUACUGCAACAAAUGGCAGACCCCGGUUAUUUGUUAGGGAUGACGUGUGUAGCACAACAGGAUCCUCAUCAUAUUUCUGUUCAUUUCAGCCUAUCCCCUCAAGAAGGAUGAAUAGAGUGUACAGCACAAAGGAAGAGAGCUUCCCACAGGCCACAGUGCACUUCCUGUCCGACUUUGUGUCUGAUAAUCACUACCCACCCAAAGAUAUCCUCUGCCACGUCAUCAGAUCUAUCCUUCUGGAGGGAGAAGAUCCAGGCAUCAAGUGUGAGGCAUACACACUCCUUAUGAAAGUGCAAGAGUAGGUGGAACCUGUAAUCACUUGACUCGUAGCUUUGUUUUAGAAUGCUGUCACUGAUGAGGUCUCUGCUUUUUAAUAUUUAGAAGCAGUAAUUAUUAAUGACGUUACUGCAGAUAUUUUGUGAACUACAUUUCUCAUUUUCCUCAGUCAGCUUUCUGGUUGUCAGAGCAUGAUGGGAAAUACGGUUUACAAAAUAUCUGCACUGCUUAAGUAAGCCACCAGCUACACUCAUUGUAUGAGUGAAACUAUGACUGGAAACUAAAUUGCAUAACUCAUAAACCCCUUACACCUGCAGGACUUGCCUGUCAAUCUUUAACAGUAAAAUCUGAAAAAUCUUACUUGCAGGUGAAGGGUUUUUUUUGAGUAUUUUUCAUUUUCACAUCUCUAAUCUUUGAUUUACCACAAAUAAUGAAGAUUCUCCUCCCAUUCAAAUAAAAAUGUAUUUAAAAAAGCUCAAAGUUUUUAAAAAAAACUCUGAAAAGGGCAAAUAAAUCAAGAGCCCAAAUUGCUUAGUCUACAGAUACAGGACUAGAAAUCGUUGAGAGAUUUACACAGAACUACACUAGAAAAUAAUGCACAGAUGGCACUUUGCCCCACUAGGCUGCAUGAAAUAGAUCCUAAUCAAUGCUCACAAUGUUGGAUAUGUGGUUUAAAUGCAGGAACAUAUAUGGUGAUCCUGUAGAUUAGUAAACAAUACAUGGAUCAAAGUUUUUUCCAUAUACUUUUAGAUAUUUUACAGGUGAAAAUGAUUGUAUCUCCGGAAAAAGCCAUCUUACAUCUACACCUAAAUAACAUCAAUAAAAAUGGCAAACUUCUGUCCAUACAGAUCUUCAUUACUCCGACAAGGGUAUUGAAUCAAAUACAUUUCCAAUGCAAGAUGGAAAAAGGUUAUUUUUCAAAGAUUUUGUUCUUGUAUUAAAAUAUGGGAUCCUUGGCUGAGUUCUUAUCCUGAUUGGAUUACAUUUUAAAUCGUUACUUCUCAAGGAUUCUAAUAAAAUGGGAGGGAGGGGACGCACACCUGGUCACGCAGACUCGUCUUUUGUCAGUGUUUUGUAUGUAUAUUAUGGACGUAGAAUAAGUUUACGAUACAGAUUAAUAGACAGAACUAUAAGUAUUAUAUGUCCCUAAUAGUUGUAAUUAUGUUCUUUUGUGAGGUUGAUGAAUAUGGACGCUGAUAAUCUGAUUUUUAUUCAUUUUUGGAUGUCCAAUUUUCAGUUAUUAAAAUAAUAAAAUAUACAUUAAAGAAAUAUAUACAAUGAAGAUUCUACAGUAUUGUACCGUAGUACUGUAUAAAUCUAUAUGACUAAUAACGUGCUGCAGAGCCAAAAACGUACCACUGCUGAUAACUAUAUAUAUAUAUAUAUAUAUAUAUAUAUAUAUAUAUAUUAUUUUAUUUUAUUUUUUUUCAGACUCCAUCCAGCCAACAUACAUACAGUAGCUUGGGAUUGGGACCUGCUGAAAGAAGUUAUGAAAAAAAAGGUAAAUGAUAAAAGAACAGACUACCAACUUUUGCAGAUCUUGCUCUUCAUCCAGUGAGUGUGAAGUAGGCAGCUGUCUAUGUUAAAAUGCCUCUUUGUUGGUGACAAAUACCUAGGCACCAGUUGACAUGUCUUUGGGUCACCAUGAUGACUUGGCACCUGACUCCACUUCAUGUUAAACACAUGGCAGCAUCAUGAAGCCCUCUCGUAUAUUUUAUCUACUAUAGAUUAUAAUUCAAUGUUUACAGAAUAAACCCAUGGUUUGUGAUGAGUAGAUAAGUGACUUGAGUUUAAAAUAGGAUAUGCUAACUUUAAUUGUACAAUGUGACAAAAAACAAACGUGUUUUAGUGUUAAAAUAACCAAAUUAAGUGAUCGUGUGAGAACCUCUCCUUCAAACACCAAAAACUUGUACAAAUAAAAUGUAAAUAAGACAAGGGAAAAAAUGUGGUGUUCUGCACAAAAAUAUAUUUUACCUGUGAAUUUCUUUAUUAUACAAGCCUUUUCUUCUUAAAAAUAAAACCAAAAAUCUAAAGCAGUAAUAGUGUAGUAUUUUUUAAUAAACAGUGGAGUAUAGGGAGCUAUAGCAUCACACCCAGACCUGGCUCUCGUGACUCGUAAACCUUCCUCCUCAAUAUUAAUGAAGAUGGAUUCCAAACACUUGAGAUAAAAAAUAGCCUAAUUUGAAACCAUUUCAACUCAAUAACCAACCAACUAUUCCGUUCACCAGAUUUCCCAGAGUUACUAAAGUGUGCAUUUUCAGAAUUCAAAGUGACUAGCCAAACUGAAGACAAAGCUGACUUACACAAUGUGUCUGCUGUUAUGCCCUAAAAACUAAGAAUUAACUUUUAAUUCCUGACCAUUCACAUUUUAGUGAAUAAUCCGGUAACUAUUUAGCAUUAAUAAAUCCUAUCACUUAUAUCUGCUUUCUUUGUGCAAUGCUUCAGUAUAAAUCUGCAUUUUCAGGAACGUCCAGCUUACCUACUGUUCCUCCAGUAUGCCGUGCAGACUUUACACGAUGAUUUCCAUAGGAGUUUACGACGACGGAGUCUGACAAACUGUCUGGCUAAAUCAAUGUUAUCUUGCGAUAAGAAAUUCGGGAAUAUCCAGUGAGUGACUAAUAAAUGAUAAAACUUUGGCCGGGAGUAUACCCAUAAGGUUUGAGAAGCCCAUUACGGUGGUUGUGGUUAUUAUAUAUAUUAUAUAUUGAAAUAUUACUUUUGAUAGCUAGAUAAGUCACACAAAUUGAUCUUGGUACUGCAGUUAUUUAUCCUUCUGAUUGAUUUUAAAGGAUCACUAUAGGGUCAGGAACACAAACUUGUAUUCCUGACCCUAUAGUGUUAACACCACCAUCUAGCCCCCAUGGGUCCCCCCCAUGCCUCCAUAAAUAUUGUAAAAAUCUUACUGUAUUCAAGCCUGAAGCUGUAAAUCUGCAUGCUGUUAGACUCAGAAAAACAAGCAGCCUGCUGAUGUGGUAGCCAGGGCCAGACUGGCCCACCGGAUACCGGGAAAUUUCCCGGUGGGCCGUCGGCACCUGGGGCCGGGCAGGCAGCUGGCUCACCUGCGGUCGCAGAGGGAGCUCUUUAGGCGGCUGCAGGAGGAGCUGGCUGUUCUGGCGGCCGCAGGGGGAGCUGGCUGUUCUGUCUCUGAGGGGGAGCAGAGACAGAACAGCCAGCUCCCCCUGCGGCCGCCAAAGGAGCUUCCCCACAGGUAGACAUUGUGUGUGAGUGUAUGUGUGUGUGUGUGUCUGUGUCAUGGUGUGUGUGUCUGUGUCUCUCUGUGUCAUGCUGUGUCUCUCUGUGUCAUGCUGUGUCUCUCUGUGUCAUGCUGUGUCUCUCUGUGUCAUGCUGUGUCUCUCUGUGUCAUGCUGUGUCUCUCUGUGUCAUGCUGUGUCUCUCUGUGUCAUGCUGUGUCUCUCUGUGUCUCUCUGUGUCAUGCUGUGUCUCUCUGUGUCUCUCUGUGUCAUGCUGUGUGUGUCUCUGUCUGUGUCAUUGUGUGCCUCUGUCUGUGUCAUUGUGUGCCUCUGUGUCAUUGUGUGCCUCUGUCUGUGUCAUUGUGUGCCUCUGUCUGUGUCAUUGUGUGCCUCUGUCUGUGUCAUUGUGUGCCUCUGUCCGUGUCAUGUGUGCCUCUGUCUGUGUCAUUGUGUCUCUCUGUGUCAUGCUGUGUGUGUCUCUGUCUGUGUCAUUGUGUGCCUCUGUCUGUGUCAUUGUGUGCCUCUGUCUGUGUCAUUGUGUGCCUCUGUCCGUGUCAUGGGGUGUGUGUGUCAUGUAAUGUGUGUCUGUCUGUGUCAUGCAAUGUGUGUCAUGGUCUGUCUGUGUCUAUGUCAUGGUGUGUGUGUGUGUGUGUCUAUGUCAUGGUGUGUGUGUGUGUCUGUGUCAUGUAAUGUGUGUCUCUGUCACGGUCUCUCUGUGUCGUGGUGUGUGUGUGUCUUUUUUAAGGUGUGUCUCGGUCGUGGUGUGUGUGUGUCUGUGUCACGGUGUGUGUGUUUCUGUCCGUGUCAUGGUAUGUAUGUAUGUUUUUACUCACCUUUUCUUUUUUUUUUUUCCCCCACGUCGUGCUGGUCUCCCCUCGACUGGCCCUGCCUCUACGGCUGAAAUCAUCAAGCUUGAUGAUCUCAGCCAAUCUGCACUGACACAGGAAGCACCUCUAGUGACCGUCUGAGUGUCUGUCACUAGGAAGCAAUGUAAACACUGCCUUUUCUCUAAAAAGUCAGUGUUUACAUUGAAAAGCCUGCAGGGACAGGCUAUAGACACCAGAGCCACUACAUUAAGGUGUGUGUGUGUGUGUGUGCGUGUGUGUGCGUGUGUGUGCGUGUGUGUGCGUGCGUGUGCGUGCGUGUGUGUGCGUGUGUGUGUGUGCGUGUGUGUGCGUGCGCGCGUGCUAGUGAGUGGGCUUGUGUUUUUAUGUCUAUGACCUUAUGUAUAUCAGUGAGAUUGUUUGUCUAUGAGGCUGUGUAUCAAUCAGCUUGUGUCAGUGAGAUUGUCUGUGUCUGCAUGUGAGUAUGCUUACUGUAUAAUUAAAAAAUUUGACUCUGAAAGGACCAAUAUUUUUAAAUUGGAAAAAGCAUAUAUAUAUAUAUAUAUACACUCAAUCAUCUAGGGUGGCAAGACAUAGCCUUACAUAUUACAGGCGACAAUAUAUGGCGCAAUGACUUAUGGGGCUGGCAUAGAUUUUUUUAUUUAUUUUUUCAGGGCUGCUUUGGAAUCCCCAGUCCGGCCCUGGUGGUAGCCUGAUCCAAUCACCGCGCUUCCCCAUAGGAUUGGCUGAGACUGACAAAGAGGCAGAUUAGGGGCAGAGCCAGCAUGCUGGCCAAUCAGCAUCUCCUCAUAGAGAUGAAUUGAAUCAAUGAAUCUCUAUGAGGAAAGUCCAGUAUCUGCAUGCAGAGGGAGGAGAUACUGAAUCACAGGAUGCUGUGCACAGUGCUGCCCUGUGCUCUGCUGACAGCAGAUCUGAGUGGAUGGAGGCAUAUUAUGCCUCCAUUAACUCCAAAGUUCUUCUGGUUCACUCUGAGUGACUGCAACUGGAGGUGUUCCUAGCUUUCAAUGUAAACACUGUAUUUCCUCAGAAAAUACAGUGUUUACAUGAGAGAGGCUGUAGGGAGCUAUAGUUCUCACCUGAACAACCUCAUUAAGCUGAAGUUGUUCAGGUGACUAUAGUGUCCCUUUAAGUUAUAAAACAACAUAGUGUUGGGGAGACUUUUCCUGCCCAUCAUUUACACAACACAGUUUAUAUUUUGGUUCCUAAUUUUGAAUCCAUGACACAUUGCUCAUUAAGUGUUUGUUUGAAAACGUAUAUAAUGUGUUUGUACUGUAAUUUUAAGGUUUAAGAAAAAUGUAAAAAAAAAAAUAUUUAUAUAUAUAUAUAUAUAUAUAUAUAGAGAGAGAGAGAUAUGAAGGAGGUGGUCUGCACUCUCAGUCUUAUAAAAUGUAACUUUUAUUAAUUUACAUUAAAAAAUGCAAAGUUCGUCAACGUUUCAGUCCCGAUUCGGGACUUUCCUCAGGUCCAUUAGUUAACUGGUGUUUUGAUGUUCCAGAGAUGUCAUUAAUUGGCUGAUGGAAGCGGUGAGAAACUCCUGUGACCUCUCCCCCAUAGAGGAGAAUGAAUGCCACUCUAAGCUUGACAACCAAAGGUAGGGCUAUGGUAUAUGUAGGUCUUGUGUUUCUUUCAGUAACCUUUACUUGGUAGCCAACAUUCCUAAAUUUUCCAUUUACAGGGAGGUUUUCCUCUUCCAGCGCAUGCUCUCCAUUGCUGUUGAAAUUGACAAUUCGCCUGCAAUCAGCUCUAUUAGGAUUGCAGAUUUUACAUUUUCCUAUUUGAUCGAUAUUAAAACCAGGCAGCAGAAGUAAGUAGGAUAGGAUGUACAUGUAUACAUGUUGAUGAAAACUAUAUAAAAUGGCACAAUAUAUCCUUCCAGCAAUUUGAUUUCAAAGUACCACUGUCAGUCCAAAAACAAUAUUAUUUAUUUAUUCCUUUCUUUUCUAAAUGUGCAAGAAAGAAGUUGAGCCAAAAGUAACAUUUUCUUAUUUUUGUUUGUUUGUUUUUUUGUAGGGGAGGGGGGGGGUUAUCAUUGAUAACGGUUACUAGUCUAGAUGAUGAUCAUGGCCUACAAAAUCUGCUGUGUACACAUUGUUCACAAUUUUCACUUUCUUCAUUUUUUUAUUUUUUUUUAAAUAAUGGUUUUGGUUAUCCUGCAGUUUAGUUACCUCAUGUGCCAGGCAAACCUUUUUGUUUAUUAAUUGUUAUAGAAGUACAGGACGCGUGCUCGUGAUUUAAUUUCAAUGAGAUGUCUGACUGUAACAGGUUUUUAUUUUGUUUUUUUCUUAGGGAGAUUUUUCUAAACAGUCUUGAAAGCCACCUGCUGCGGGCCAAGAUUCUGGAGUUUCUCUUUACCCACAGCUGUCCGGGACUUACUCCACCUACUCUUUCUUUGGCCAAUAUCCUUUGCUUCAUAGAGCACUUCAAACUUAUCCCUGAGCAGCAGGUGAGUGUUCGCUGGCUUCAGUCUGGAUGGAAAUCUUACCAGUUUGCACCCAGGGUGUCUAGUCUGAUUUUCAACAACUAUAUUACUGUGUGAUGUGUGCUAUUUAUUUAUAUAUAUAGUGUAUUGGAACUGUUUAUGCAUGCAUAUUCUUUUGGCUCUGUACUUUUCAUGUUUUCCCUCUGUCGUUGGUUCACUUCCCUGUAUCACUGUCACAAUCAAUGCUAUGGACCUUUAAAGGGUUAUUCCAAGCACUUCAAUGAUUUGAAGUGGUCACUGUGCUUGGAAAUGAAAAGAAAACACAUCAUUUAGUGUAUUGAUUUCUUCCAACCUGCGCAAAUCAUAAUAUAAUGAGGGACAACCCUCUAAUUGUACUUUAAAAAAUAGUUUUUAUAUAGGGGGCGUGGUCGGGGAGCAAACUGGACGUGCUUGCUUAAGGCUCCACUCUAAAAACACCACCAUAAGCUACAAAGGCACCGUAAUAUAGCCAAAAACUAGAAAUUUCCCCCGAUAGAGAAAAGAGCCUAGACCAGGGGGCGACAGUUGCACGCCUAUUAGCGGCCUUGAGGGCCUUACCACCCGGAUCACAAGAUGGCAGUGGUCUUGGGUCGCCGGCUGCUGCCACAGCGCCACGUGCAGACGCCGCUGCUGUUGCGGGUGAGCUCAGCCAGGCACGGCCCAAAUCCUAAAUGCCCUGGCUGAAGUAAAUACCUACCUGGCAGCGAAAAGGCGGAGUUGGUGCUGAGCAUAUUUGGGCCACUAUUGCCUGAAAUUCCACAAGACAUGUACAUGCACAUCAAGUGCUCCAAGCCAGGAGACUGGAGCAGAAUGUCCCGAGGGAUAUCAUAGUGAGAUUCUGUUACUUUCAAACUAAAGAAGCAGUCGUGAAGCGGCCAUGAGAAGGCCCCAUUACCCAUGAUAGUGUGGUAAUCUCUAUCUAACAAGAUGUGGCACCACGUUAAAGCGGCGACAGGAAUGGAAGCCGAUUACGGAGGUCCUUACACAGGCUAACGUGAAAUAUGCCUUGGGUUACCCCUUUAAACUCAUGUUUUUUAGAGCUGGCCGCCCACAGCCAGGAGGAGAUGUCGCUUCCUUUCUUGGUACUCUAGGGCUCCAGGUACUGAACACCCUAUCACCAAUGGAAGCUGAUGCAGCGGACCUGCCGCACCUACGGAGAGAAUGGUUCCAGUCCGGCGAGUGAUCAACUGUGACACGGGAGGAAGGGAGCCACCGGCGGGCUGGACCCCCCUGGUAGAGGUGUUGUAAAAUGGAGGGGAUACUCUCAGUGGAGGGUGGAGACUGGUGAAUUUUUGGGGAAGAAGGGCUUGAUUUUGGGAGUUUGUUUCUCUGUUGUGCUCACCUGGGAAUGUUAUCGUUGCUUAUAAUUUUUUGAGGGAACUCUUCCUACUUCUCCCUGACUUGUGUCUUUGAGCCACUUUGGUCUCUUUUUGGACCAGUCCUUCCUUACAGCUGGUUAUGUUGAUACCCUACUCCCUACCACACACAAUCUUACUUGUACGCCUUCUAACAGCAGGAAGGAGCCUUCAGUCACAAGGAGGGGAAACCAAUUUGUGGGUGAUGGGGGCAGGGGUGGCUUUUGUAGGCAUUUGGGACGUUCUAACCUCUAAAAUUUGAGAUUUACACCAUGGUAUGAUUCUGAUGGGUGGCGGCAUUUAAUUAACGCUGUGCCGUGUCCUGCCGUCGACAGAAGCUCGCAUUGGGGGUUAUUACAUUCCCGAGGCAGAGGGGGACAAGACAAAUUGGUCCAUAAGUUUAUUCAGAGUACCGGCCUACUAGACAUCUGGAGAGCACAUCACCCUAUCGAUGUAGACUAUACUUUCUAUUUGGCACCUCACGUAUUUGCAAAUAGAUUAUUUCUUAGUUAACAAUCUCGUUUCUCUCAAAACUAAAUCUACCUAAACUACACCCAGAAGCAGUAGAUGUUCUCAAUACUAAAAUUACUAGUGCGGAAAUGGAUAAUGCGAUCUCGAGCCUCCAAGGCAACAAGGCCCGGGACCAGAUGGCUUCAAUGGAGGCUAUUACAAAGUUUUUUACGAAGAUCUGAUUCCAAAACUCUAAUUGCUCUUUAAUGAUUUUAGAGAAAGAGGAACCCCAAUAGAGAAAUGUCCCUAGCUACGAUCGUCCUGAUACUGAAACCAGACAAAGACCCCUUCCUACCUGAACAUUACUGCCCCAAUCACCCUUAUCAACCACGACUCUAAGGUUCUGGCGGACAGACCAAACCCUUUGUUGACUAAACUAAUCGAUGCUGACAAAGUGGGGUUCAUACCGGGCCGCCAGCUAUUUGAGAACACACGCAGAAAUAUAGAUAUAAUUUGGAGACUGGUUAAUGUCAAAACCCCCACUUUAAUGGUUUCCCUUAAAGCUGAAAAGGCUUUUGAUAGGGCCAUUUGACCCUAUCUUUUUGGUCUUCUAACAUUCCUAGGCUUCCCUCCUUCUUCUUACAGUAAAAACCAAAGAAAAAAAGUUACCUGCGCUCUUCCCAAAUCCUUUUGCAUUUUUAAACAAAUGGAGUUUAUUUAUUUAGUUUCUCCAAUGGCCAUGAGAGACUUUAGCUCACCUGCCACAUCACGGUAAACCUUUCAGGUGGAUUCCAAAAGAGGGCAGAUAAUAUCCUUUGAGCUUAUAUCUCGAACGAACCUUACCCUCUCAGUUUUUUGUUUUUUUUUGUCCAGAUAUAUACAGAUCAGAGACUUUGCAAAGCAGAUAUACAUCAAGGAGGCAGCCCACAAAUGCUUGUCCUUUUAUGAGAGACUUAUCUUAUAUGCAUACCUGUGCAUGGAAGAAUUUGAAGUAUAGCCUGGCAAGAUAUUUUGGAAGCGGCAGGUUCUUCCUCCAUAUGCGUCACACUACAAGAGCAAUGCUUUAAGACUAUGUUCAGCUGGUAUUCUACCCCAGUAAAACUAGAUCGUAUGAAAGACUCCAACCGACUUGUACUGGAGUGGGUGUGACUUCAAGGUUGCCCCCAGAUACAAACCCUUUGGACCAAAGUAGAGGUCUUUCUAGAAAAGCUUUUUCAUAGGAGACUGGACCUGACACCUUGGGUGGGCCUCCUGAAAAGACCUGUGGAUGGGUGGACUAGAAUGGAACAAAAACUGAUCCAUAGGUCACCUUAGCAAUCAGACAUGCUAUAGCCCAAGCUUGGCUGCACCCUACUAUUCAAUCUAUAUCUCAAGUUCUUGACAAAAUUAAAGACAUAUCUCUGAUGGAUAAAACAACGGUGCAGGUGAGGAACACGCUAAAUAAGUUUGAGAAAAUCUGGGAAUCCUGGACUACAAGUGACCAUUGUGACUGACCCCGAGCAACACUCAUGACGUUACAGAGCGACAGGUUACUGGAGCCUUGUUCUGUCCCAUCCCCCUCCCCAUCUGGCCCUGAUUGGGCGCGACACCUGGUGAUAUUUUGACCGGGUGAGUGAGACCAGCGACCACCUACUUGACUACAAUACUUUUUUUUUCUGUCUAUUUAUUAUACACUCUAUUUCUUUCUCAUACUCUUCUCUGGUACUUUCUGUCCCUUGAUACAGUCCCGUAUGGUACGUGUGCUUUGCACCUAGAUACCCAGGGAUGAAGUAAAUAUCUACCGUUUGGAGUUUGUUGCAUUAAGGGCAUUUCUUCAGAGCAAUAUAAUAACUAUGGCCAGAGUCAUGGGGACUCUUUUUAAAUCUCUAUUCUUUCUUAUUUAAAAAUAUAUAUACAGUUGCAAGAAAAAGCAUGUGAACCCUUUGGAAUGAUAUGGAUUUCUGCACAAAUUGGUCAUAAAAUGUGAUCUGAUCAUCAAUAAUAUCACAACAAUAGACACUCACAGUCUGCUUAAACUAAUAACACACAAAGAAUGAAAUGUUGCCAUGUUUUUAUUGAACACAUCAUGUAAACAUUCACAGUGCAGGUGGAAAAAGUAUUUGAACCCUUGGAUUUAAUAACUGGUUGAACCUCCUUUGGCAGCAAUAACUUCAACCAAACAUUUCCUGUAUUUUCAGAUCAGACGUGCACAACGGUCAGGAGUAAUUCUUGACCAUUCCUCUUUACAGAACUGUUUCAGUUAAGCAAUAUUCUUGAGAUGUCUGGUGUGAAUCGCUUUCUUGAGGUCAUGUCACAGCAUCUCAAUCGGGUUGAGGUCAGGACUCUGACUGGGCCACUUCAGAAGGCGUAUUUUCUUCUGUUUAAGCCAUUCUGUUGUUAAUUUACUUCUAUGCUUUGGGUCAUUGUCCUGUUGCAAUACUCUUCUUCUGUUGAGCUUCAGCUGGUAGACAGAUGGCUUUAAGUUCUCCUGUAAAAUGUCUUGAUAAACUUGGGAAUUCAUUUUUCUUUUGAUAUCAAUCUGUCCAGGCCCUGACGCAGCAAAGCAGCCCCAAACCAUGUUGCCCCCACCACCAUACUUCACAGUCGGGAUGAGGUUUUGAUGUUGGUGUGCUGUGCCUUUUUUUCGCCACACAUAGUGUUGUGCGUUUCUUCCAAACAACUCAACUUUGGUUUCAUCUGUCCACAGAAUAUUUUGCCAGUACUGCUGUGGAACAUCCAGGUGCUCUUGUGCAAACUGUAAACGUGCAGCAAUGUUUUGUUUCGACAGCAGUGGCUUCCUCUGUGGUAUCUUCCCAUGAAAUCCAUUCUUGUUUAGUGUUUUACGUAUUGUAGAUUCGCUAACAGGGAUGUUAGCAUUUGCAAGUGACUUUUGUAAGUCUUUAGCUGACACUCUAGGAUUCUUCUUCACCUCACUGAGCAGUCUGCGCUGUGCUCUUGCAGUCCUCUUUACAGGACGGCCACUCCUAGGGAGAGUAGCAGCAGUGCUGAACUUUCUCCUUUUAUAGACCAUUUGUCUUACCAUGGACUGAUGAACAGCAAGGCUUUUGGAGAUACUUUUAUAACCCUUUCCAGCUUUAUGCAAGUCAACAAUUCUUAAUCGUAGGUCUUCUGAGAGCUCUUUUGGGUGCGGCAUCAUUCACAUCAGGCAAUGCUUCUUGUGAAAAGCAAACCCAGAACUGGUGUGUGUUUUUUAUAGGGCAGGGCAGCUGUAACCAACACUUCCAAUCUCAUCUCAUUGAUUGGACUCUAGUUGGCUGACAUUUCACUCCAAUUAGCUCUUGGAGAUGUCAUUAGUCUAGGGGUUCACAUACCUUUUCCACCUGCACUGUGAAUGUUUACAUGUUGUGUUCAAUAAAAACGUGGCAACAUUUCAUUCUUUGUGUGUUAUUAGUUUAAGCAGACUGUGAUUGUCUAUUGUUGUGACUUAGAUGAUGAUCAGAUCACAUUUUAUGACCAAUUUGUGCAGAAAUCCAUAUCAUUCCAAAGGGUUCACAUACUUUUUCUUGCAACUGUAUGUGUGUAUGUGUAUAUAUAUAUAUAUAUAUUAUAAUUUUUUUAUUUUUUUUUUCAUUAUGAGAAUAUUUAACAAAGUGGAUGAAACAGCUCACAUACAGGUAUACCUAGAUAAAACUCCUAUGAUUCUUAUGCUAGAUGAUGCAAUUGGUAUUAUGUAAUAUCGCCGUAUCACUAUUGUCACAAAUUAUUGGAAUUCUGCAUUUUGUACCACAGUGUUAUUCUAUUUUUCGACCAAAAAUAAAGAAUUGGAAAAAAAAGUUGAUAUAGACAAAGAUAAAAUAGAUAACAUAAAAUGUAAUGUUUGUCUUUAUUCUAAAAUGUGACUAGUUCACAAAAACUCAAUGGAUUAUAGAAAUAAGGCGGGGGAGGGGGGAGUCAGAAAUAUACAAAUUGGAGAUGAGUUGAAGUAAGAAUGUAUGAUCUGGCAAACUGAACAUCUGUGUUAUCACUGUAUCCAUUUAAAUACUACUUUUGUGUUACUUAAAGUGAUUCUCCAGUGCCAGGAAAAAUAUAAGUUUUCCUGGCACUGCAGGACCCUGGAGUGCCUCUCUCUCUCUCUCCCACCCCCUAUCCCAAGUUGCUGAAGGGUUUAAAACGGUAGUCAAGCGUUGACGUCAGCCGGUGGGGGAGACCUAAUGCGCAUGCGCGGCAAUGGUCGCGCAGGCACAUUAGACCUUCCCAUAGAAAAGCAUUAUUCAAUUCUUUCCAAUGGGGAUUUCAACGACACUGGAGGUCAUCACAUAGCGUUAGGACGUCCAGUGUCACUUAAAACACUUUUCGCGUUCUAGGAACAAGGAAGUCCCUCUAGUGGCUGUCUGGUAGACAGCCACUAGAGGAGGACUUAACCCUGCAAGGUAAAGAUUGCAGUUUAUGAAAACUGCAAUAAUUGCACUUGCAGGGUUAAGGGUAGUGGGAGUUGGCACCCAGACCACUCCAAUGGGCAGAAGUGGUCUGGGUGCCUGGAGUGUCCCUUUAAAAUGCUAGGGUAUCACAGUGAUAGAGUUUGGUUAUUACAAGCUCAAAAGAAAACAUAUGUAUUACUUUCAUAGCUUGUAUUCUGUACAUACCUAAUUUUGAUGGCGAGUGAUCGUGUCAUGGCCAGUCACCGUGAAUACAUGCGUUGGCUAUUCGUGAUUACUCUGCAAGCCAAGUCCAACAUUCGCGUUAUCUUUUAAUAAUUAACUGCUGUCAGAUUGUGUCACAGAGGCAAUUUGUAGGCACAAGGAGGGGGGGGGGGGAAACACGAUCCGCCAUACGGAAGAAUCUCAGUAGGAAGGUCGCUAUACACGCUCCAGGAGUCAAUCAUUUGCGAACAGAUUGACCCAGUAAAUGGAGUCCCCACAGGGUCAGGUGUGCUCAACGGAAUACUUUUGAAUGUGAUAUUGGUAACAUUUAUUUACUAGAAGCAAUAUAAAUAUAAGGCUAAGUCCUAGAGCAUCAAUGAGUGGUUGUGUCCCCUUUGGAGAAGUUUUUGUUUAUUUGGUGGAUAAGAAAUAGAGUACAGUUUUAGGACAUUUCCCAGAUACUGAUGCCUUCUGUUUUCUGUGCUUUCUCAGGGUUCAGACACGGAUUGGCAGAGAUGGGAUGAAAUGUUACAUGACAUCUGCUUGCUGUUUUUCAGUUAUCAAAGGAUCACAUCAGGUAGAACUUGCGUUUGACAUUUUCUAUUUUCAUAUAAAAUCACUUUACUGAAGCUGUUCCGCUACACCAUAUUUAGCCAUUUUUUUUCCUUUUAAAGAAUUGGUUAUCAUAUUCAUGUGUCAUCUGUGGCUUUCGAUUUAUAAAUACAUCAGUUUGGAAAAAAAUUAUGCAUCUGUAAGCCCAGCCCUCACUCUUUUAUGUCACAAGUGGAUGACAUUCAAAGCUAUACAUUAAUUAUUUUUUUUUUUUUUUUCAGUUUAAAGUAAAGAGUUUUUUUUUUUUUUCUCCCAACUGCCCUCCCCCCUAGCAAGUGCACACAUUAUUUUACAACUAGUAAUGUAAAAGAUUAAAAACUCCCUUUGUGUUCAUAAAAAAACACAACUAAACAAAUUGUAAAUAUAUUUAUGCAAAAUAUGUUUCUAUGAUUUACACCAGGCGUUGCAGACAAUUACGCCCUUAACGGUUGUAGAAUUUUAACUUUUUGACUACUUCAAGUGAGCGAGAGUAAAGUCUCACUCUAAUUGAGAUCUUACCAGUGACCAGGCAGAUCACACCUCUCAAGAAAAAUGUUGGAUUGGAUUUCUGACUGAGGAAAAACAUUUUUUUUUAAUCUGUCCCUUAUUUUACAGAUAAUUUACUUACACGUGUGACAGAACGCAUAGAUGACCCAGUGUCACAGGUGUCAAAUCAUCAAUUAGACCUAACAAAAAAGGAUGUGGAAACUCAGCUGUGCACCUUCGAACGACGGAUCUCUGAUGGGAAAAAAAUUCCACCUGCUGUGCUAGAGAGGAUUCAGAUGCUAAAGAUCUUACUGUCUACUGCUAUCGAAGGGCAGCCAUGAAAAAACGAUUUAUUUUUUUAACGCUUGGUUGUACUUAACACUAAAGAAAGAUUUAAGAAGAAUAUAGAACUGUGCUUUCUCUCAUGCUGGACAGGAGAGCUAUUGCCACUAUGCACUUGAUGGAUUAAAGCAAAAAUUUAAUUUGAAACUUUACAGAUAUAUUCAGAAUACAGAUUUUUUUUAAAUCUUCAUUUAUUUAUAUUUAGGCCUGUCGCCUAGUAUAUAAAGUAAUGAAAUUAAAAACACACACAACUAACCUCAUAAGGACCGCUCUGCAAAAUUUGCUUCUCAAAAGAAUAGUUAUUUUUUUCUUGGUAUUUUUACACUGGAACGCAACUCCACAACCUUUAAAAAAUCCCUGACCAUUCAUGGCUUUUAGAUGGACACACCGGCUAUACAAAUAAGAGAAGCAAUCAGUUUGUGUGCACGUGAUGGAACAUGCAUGAAUGUGUACAUACACAAGAAUUGUGACUUCAAGAUUGCUCAGGAGACUUUAAUGUAUGCUAUUGUGGUUAUGGUGGCAGGAAUCCCCAGGCACCAUUAUAGGGUAUGAUGUCAAGCCUCUUAUAAAUUAUGUGACACAUACCUGACUGUCGGGUGCACGCAGUCUGUCUGGACUGUGCCACUACACUAUAGUGGAAGUGCAUGCCAACUUUGGACAUUAUUCAUUAUCUGAGCGCAUAAUGCCUUUCAGUCAAUUAUUAAUGUCCAAAGUUGGUAGGGGUUUGUAUGCUAAUGGGGAUGUAUGAACUGCUUCAGCAUGUCAGCAAAAAUUACAAGGGCCGUGGGCACCCAAGGGAGCCAGGUAGAUAUUCAUAAUUGGUUUGAUAGCUUAACCUAGGCUAUAGGAGUACUGGCACUACAGCGUACUGAUUGGUGCUUAGAGUGAGUCUUCAAUGCAAGUACUCCUGGCAAUACUUCACAAAAUGCCUUUAGCAAUCUGUUUCCUGUUGAAAACAAAAGCUAAAAGUUGAGCUCCAUUCUGCAGGAUUUACCCAUAGAACUUUAUUUAGAAAAAUUGGUUUAUUUUUUUGCAUACUUUUUAUGACAUCGUCCAAGGCAGGGGUAGGCAACAUUCUGCACUCCAGAUGUUGUGAACUACAUCUACCCUGAUGCUUUGCCAACAUUAUGGCUGUAAGAGCACUAUAGUAGAUGUAGUCCACAAUGUCUGGAGUGCCCAAGGUUGCCUACCGUUGGUCCUAAGGGAUUAAAAAAAAUGAUGUUCCAGUCUGUAGUUCCCCCUUAAUUACCUGUUUGAAAAGUGCUCACGAGAUUGUGGGGGGGUAUAUUCAUUCUGCAAUUUACCAAGAUAGCCAUUUGUUUUCAAGUAAUGACUGAUGUUUAACAUUUGUACUCCAGCACUUUAGCAAUGUUAUGG